GGCUCGGACUUUCCUUCGGCAGGAAUCAGCGCAAUGACGAGCAGAACCGAGCCGGCACCAUGCGCUCCAGGCUCCCUCGGACCGCAUGCCUACUGCGGCUCGUUGCGCUCGGCAUCCUACUUUCACACGCCGCAGCUUAUUUUGGGCUGACAGGACGCGAGCCCUUGGUGUUUCUGCCGGGUCCAUUCUCCAGCGAAGCUUCCACGGGCAAAGCCCACCUGAAGCAGUGCGAGCAGAUGGUCCUGUCCCGGCGCCAGAAGAGGCUGUGCCGCCGGGAGCCCGGCCUGGCCGAGACGCUGCGGGAGUCGGUGCGCCUGAGCCUGCUGGAAUGCCGCUACCAGUUCCGGAACGAGCGCUGGAACUGCAGUCUGGACGGCCGGGGGAGCCUGCUGAAGAGAGCCUUCAAGGAGACCGCCUUCCUCCUGGCGGUGUCGUCGGCGGCGCUGACCCACGCGCUGGCCAAGGCGUGCAGCUCGGGCCGCAUGGAGCGCUGCACCUGCGACGAUUCCCCCGGCAUCCAGCACCGGGAGGCGUGGCAGUGGGGGGUGUGCGGCGACAACCUCAAGUACAGCACCAAGUUCCUCAAGAGGUUCCUGAGCCAGAAGAGGAUCAGCAAGGACCUGAGGGCUCAGGUGGACGGCCACAACAUCAACGUGGGGAUUCGUGCGGUGAAGAGCGGCCUCAAGACCACCUGCAAGUGUCACGGGGUUUCCGGAUCCUGCGCGGUACGGACUUGUUGGAAGCAGCUGUCUCCCUUCCACGACACGGGCCGCCUGCUCAAGUACCGCUACGACAUGGCCAUGCGAGUCCUCAGCGUCACCAACGCCGCUACCGGCGAGAGCGAGCUAGCCGGGCCGCACCGCCACAGCCAGAGCCUCCGCACCACCGAUCUGGUCUAUUUGGAGGACUCGCCUAGUUUCUGCCGACCGUCGCGCUACUCGCCGGGAACCGGCGGACGCUCGUGCGCCAAAGACACCAGCUGUCAGAGUCUGUGCUGCGGGCGGGGCUACAACACGGCCAUGCGCCUCACUAGCCUGUCCUGCCACUGCCAGGUGCGCUGGUGCUGCCAUGUGGAGUGCCAGACGUGCGUCCGGGAAGAGGAGGUCUACACUUGCAAGAACACGUAAACCUCAAACAUGGCGGAGCAUCGAGAGCCGCUGGGAUUGUGGCGGGAACUGAUCACCGCGCUCGCAUGUGGCCUGACUGUGACGGCGCACCGACCGCAAACGACUACCUAGGAGGCGCACGCCAUAACAUCCCCUCGGCUCAGCCACUAGCGCCAUGCUAGCUACUGUUAUGCUAGUGAUUUAGCGACAUGCUAAACACGUAUUGCAGUUCACCACUUCACCAGCGUAAGGCGCCAGUGAGACAAUAUGUCCUCAAGAUGGAGGACAACCAACCUUUGGGGGUCGUUUUUUUUUUGGUAUCGCAACUUAAAUGCUUAUUGAGAAAGAGAGAGACUUUAUUUUUGUUAAAAUUUGCUUUAGUUUUCGGCCGCUUAUUGAUUUGUCGCACAUUUCAUUUCAUAUAUUUGUUGCACAGGUUGUUAGCAUGCCUCAGUUCUAGCGUUCAACGACAAAAUAUAAUAUUUAAGUCGCUCAAAAAAUUACUGCCCAUAAAGUAUAAACUGUUAUCGAUAGGAAUUAUUUGGUUUUCUAGAUGGCUUGUCUAAAAAAAAAAAAUGAAAAUAACGAUGUAUGGUCAAUUUUUUAAGAAUUUGUGUAUAUGUAAUGCACCACUUAACCACUAGGGGAAGCAAAAGUCCUCCAACCGAUUUGAGCUUGACCCAUUUUUGAUGAGAUUCUCUAAAUAUGCUAAAAAAAAAAAUUGUUGCCACUUAUAUUAAUAUUUUAAUUGCAAAUAUCCAAUUGGUCACCAUCAUUUUUCAUGUUUAACCAACUAAAUACCGACACAAAAACUACGACUUUUGACAACAUGAAACAAGACUCACUCAUACUUUUAGCUAAUCACGUCCAUAAUUUACUACUAAAAAGUCAAAGAACGCGUUUCUCGAUGUUUUUACGUCAGAUUAUUUCACGCACUGGUUAUUGGUUUGAAUAGAAAAUAUGAAAAUGGCAACAAAAUACAGUCAUUCCCCGCUAGCACCAGGCUAUAUCAUAUAAUAAUAACAUACAUAUAACAUAUAAUAAUAAUAACAUAUAAUAAUAACAAAGCCCACAACAAGCUAAAAGUCAACUUCCAACAUCACUUCCUGUCCAUCACCAUUCUGCUCCCCUUAAAUGGCUUAUUGUCUCUCAUGAUAUCUACUAUAUUGGGUAAUACAAAUGUAAGGGUGACUAUAGGGGUGUUAUAUCAUGUCUGGAGGGCUCUAAUGUAAAAAAAAAAACAUAUUCAGAAGAUGAUAAACAGGUUUUCCGUGCCCUACCUAUAAAAAUAGUAGAAAAUUCACUUAUUACAGUCGAGUCUGGAACCAAUUUAUCGUGAUUAAAGGCCCCCAAAAAGGACACAAACUAAUCACAUAUGGCAAUGAAAAUAUCAAGUAAACAAAAAAAAUUACAGGAGUUGCGACAAUUGCGAUUUGAUGGUUCAGAUAUGAGACAGGCUAACAUUCCAAACAGGUACUAGACUAUUUAUUAUCAAAUUGUAUCUACUACUACUAUUACUACUACUACUACUGCUGCUGCUUUUGUACUUCAUUGCGCUCUGAACGACACUACCUGUCUGUCUCUUUUGUCUGCUGUACUUCUUUUAUUUGAUUUUUUUUUUUUUUUUUUUAAAGCACUUAUGCCAGCUAUACAUGGGAAAGCAGAAACCUAAAAAAACACAAGAGAACCAUUGGAGCCCUGGAGGAUAAUGUAGCUGCGUGCAAGUACAGGAUGAUUAUGGCUUUUCAGUUGCUCUUAUGGAAAUGUUUAUGGAAAUGUGCGCUGAGUCAACAAAGGGAACUAAAAUGGGGUUAACAUGAGGGGACAACAGGAUCACGUGGUGUGCUUUUAAAAAGUGUAAUUGAAGCCACAAGCGGCUCCGUAAUUGGCCUCCCCCCCCCCCACACACACACACACACAAUUGUAAAAUCAAAGCAAAUCGUCCCUCGUGCAGGUCAAAAUGAGGCCCAAAUGUAAAGAAAUUCACAUCAGGGUUCCAUUAAUGACAUGAAACAUAUUUUCUACCUCACCUGUCCUCUUUUUUUUUUUUUUUUUUGCCAAUUCCACUUGUUAUGUACAUAAAUAAAUAUUUGUACAAAUCUUUUGAAUCUGGUAAUAUAUCCCCAUAUGUCAAAAGUUGUUUUUUUUUUUAAUGUACACCCUUAUUUAAAACAAAUAAGAUGAAUAAAUAUGUCA